AUGCCUACUGCCGUGUCGCCCACACGGCCCAAGAAUGGCCUAACCAAGUUUACCAACUGUCGCCUGCUCAAGGGUGAUGCCCUCGUCGAGGGAGACCUCUGGGUCAGUUCCGUCUCUGGCAAGGUUAUUGACAGCCAGGCCUCCUUCUACGAUGAGCUGGUUCUCCCAGACAAAAUCAUCGACCUUGGUGGGCGCAUCCUCUCCCCCGGGAUGAUCGAGUGCCAGUUGAACGGCGCGUUUGGCUUCAACUUCUCGACCCUCCUCGACGACAUGUCAGAAUAUGGAGAGAAGUUACAGGAAGUGAACCGCCUCAUGGUUCAAACUGGGGUGACCUCUUACAUCCCCACCAUCACGAGCCAACUGCCUGAAAUGUACCAAAAGACACUCCCGUAUCUCGGUCCGUCUGGAGGCUUUCGGAAGGCCGGUGACGGCGCCGAAUCGCUCGGGGCUCACUGCGAGGGUCCGUUUCUGAGCCCCACCAAGAACGGGGUCCACAACGUCGAUGUUCUGAUUCAGGCCGAGUCGAUUGAGGAUCUCGAGCGAUGCUACGGAGCCGAGAAUAUGAACGGCUCUGGGGACGGGAAGCUGCCGAUCAAGAUGAUCACGGCAGCUCCGGAGCGAGGUCGUAUGAUGGACCUGAUCCCUGAGCUGACGUCGAGGGGCAUCAUCUACUCCAUCGGCCACUCGGAAGCAACUUAUGAAGAAGCUUCCCAGGCGGUCGGUAAGGGAGCCACCAUGAUCACGCAUCUCUUCAACGCCAUGCGGCCUCUGCAUCAUCGCAACCCUGGCAUCUUUGGGGUUCUCGGCAAGGCAGAGAGUCUACCUAGGCCGUAUUUCGGCAUCAUCUCCGACGGGAUUCACCUGCACCCCACAACGAUCAAAAUCGCCUACAACUCGCAUCCCGAGGGCUUCAUUCUCGUCACCGACGCGAUGCACCUGGUUGGGCUGGCAGACGGGAGUUACCCGUGGACCAACGGCGAGCAAACGUGCAACAUUGUCAAGAAGGGCUCCAAACUCCUCCUAGAGGGGUCGGAGACAAUUGCCGGAAGCUCCAUUACACUGCUUGAAUGUGUCAACAACUUCCUGCAGUGGUCCGGGACCAGCAUUCCCCAGGCGCUCGGGGCCGUGACGUCGACCCCGGCGGCAAUGCUAGGGCUUCAAGGGGUCAAGGGCACGUUGGACGCGGGGGCGGAUGCCGAUCUGGUGGUGCUUUCGGAGGAGACUGUGGGAGGCUGUCGUCGACUCGUAUUGGACGAGGUGUGGAAGUUUGGCCAGCGAGUUUGUCGGGCCGAAGAACGUCAUGUGGAGAGCCAUUAG